CCAAAUUACCAAAAAUUGCUAUUUUGAAUCAAAUGGUUCAAAGUGAAGGGACAAUAAAGUGGUGUAACCUUUGUCUAGGUGGUUAUAACCUGCGAGGCAUCAAAGCCGCCGGAAUUCCCCAAAGAAAAGAAAGCCCUUGUGUUGAGUGCAAAGCGAAGGCAUGGGGUUGACGAAUUUCGUGUUGACCGUGGCGGGUGUAAGCGCGGUUGUGCUUUUGCUCCGGAGUGACGUCAAACAAUCUGCCUCCAUCUUCCGCCGCAACAUCAAGCACAUUCGCAACUGGCUUGAAGAAGAAUCUGCCGCCUCUUCCAAGUCAAUGGAGAAGUCCACUCCCAAAGAACUUGAUUCAAAGGUUCCUCCUAAAGACAUUCAUAAGGAGGACAAACAUUAAUGUUUAUUCAGGUGAUGCGGAUGUUACUGCAGUAAUUGUGUUUUUGUGUUUCUAACUGUCUUUUAAUGAAUACAUGUUUUUGAGUCUGUACUACAUAUUACUCUUGAAUUGCGUAUAGUUGGAAAUAAUAUGGCAUGAUAAUUUUGGUU